AUGAAGCAUACUGAAGAAGAAAAGACCGUUGGUCUCGAACACGAAAAGAGUCUCAAUUACGAAGACGACUUUGCUCCAAGUUCCCAAGCCUCGCAAACAGAAGUACAAGAAACCAAUGUCAAUUUUAUCGAUCGUUGGGCCCACAAAUUGAAAGCUGAAACUAAAGGUAUUGAUUUAGUCACUGAUGAAGAAAAAACCGAUACUUCAGUAUGGAAUGCCGCUACUAUGUGGUUGAGUGCCAAUUUGGUCAUUGCCACUUUUGCUCUUGGUGCAUUGGGGAUCACUGUGUUUGAUUUAGCUUUUGGUCAAGCAGUCUUGACAAUCAUCUUUUUUGCCGGAUUGGGUAAUCUCACCGUUGCCUACUUUUCCUUAUUUGGACCUGUUUUGGGAUUGAGACAAAUGAUUUUGUCGCGUUUGAUGAUUGGUGAUUUGACGGUGCGGAUAUUUAGUGCUAUUAAUGUUGUUGCUUGUGUUGGUUGGGGUGCUGUCAAUAUCAUGUCAAGUGCCCAAUUGUUGCACAUUGUCAAUAAUGGCGCCUUGCCUCCAUGGGCCGGAUGCUUGAUUCUUGUUUUGUGUACCAUCUUGGUAACAUUUUUUGGAUACCAUGUCAUUCACAUUUAUGAGAAAUGGUCAUGGAUCCCCAACUUGAUCAUCUUCAUCAUCAUUAUUGUCAGAUUUGCCAUGUCGGGUAAUUUCGAUAGUGCAAAUUUCGUUGGUGGUCAAACUACUGCUGGUAAUGUCUUGAGUUUCGGUAGUACAGUUUUCGGGUUCGCUACUGGGUGGACCACUUAUGCGUCAGAUUACACAGUUUAUCAACCAAGAAACACCAAUUUGAUGAAGUUGUUUAUUGCUAUUUUCCUUGGUAUUUAUCUUCCAACUGUAUUUGCAUUGAUUUUGGGUGCUGCUUGUGCCACCGGUAUCAAGUCCGAUCCUAAUUGGGCAGCACAAUACGACGAAAACUCAGUCGGUGGAUUGGUUUACUCCAUCUUGGUUACUGAUUCAUUACAUGGGUUUGGACAAUUUUGUUGUGUUGUGUUGGCAUUGUCAACAGUUGCAAACAAUAUCCCAAAUAUGUACUCAAUGGCACUCAGUGCCCAAACUGUUUGGACCAAAUUCCACAAGAUCCCUCGUGUUGCAUGGACAUUCAUUGGUAAUGGUGCAACAUUGGCCAUUUGUAUCCCAGCUUACUACAAGUUUGAAUCAGUUAUGGAAAACUUUAUGAAUUUGAUUUCAUACUAUUUGGCUAUUUAUGAAUCUCUCUUGUUGAGUUCACACUUGAUUUGGCACAAGGGUAAAUUCAGAUCGUAUGAUUACGAGCACUACAAUGAUAAAUCAACGUAUCCUAUUGGAUUAGCCGGUACUUUUGGUUUUUGUUGUGGGAUUGCUGGUGUUGUUUUGGGCAUGAACCAAACUUGGUAUGCCGGUGUUAUUGGUAGACAGAUUGGAGACUUUGGUGGUGAUAUUGCGUUUGAAUUGGCUUUUGUAUUUGCCUUUGUUGGAUUCAACGUAACGAGGUAUUUCGAAAAGAAGUACAUACGGUAG